CCUGAUCUCUCUCAUUAACGAGACGGCUCUAUUCCUCACCUGGUCUCCGCCUAGCGACAGCGGUGGCAGGAAGGACCUCACUUAUAACAUAAUGUGCCAGCGCUGUGGCAGUGGCGCCUCCGGUGGCGAGGAGGACUGUGAGCCGUGUGAGACCGACCUGCGCUUCGUACCACGCCUACUGGGCCUCACCGGGACCUCGGUGGCUAUUCUGGACUUUGCCACACACGCCAACUACACCUUCCACGUAGAGACGGUCAAUGGAGUGUCUGGACUGGGAGGAAACACCAGACCCCUGGCUAACAUCACUGUUACUACUGACCAGACUGGUCCUUCUCUGGUUGGCGUGGUGAGGAAGGACUGGGCGUCUGACAACAGUAUCGCCCUCUCCUGGACGGAGGUGGAACAGCAGCCUAACGUCAUACUGGACUAUGAGAUCAAGUACUACGAUAAGGACCAGGAACAGUCGGGCUACUCAUCGACCCGUACCAAGGCCCCGGGCGUCGUCGUGACCGGUCUCAAGCCCUCCACUGUGUACGUGUUCCACGUGCGCGCUCGCACCGCCGCAGGCUUCAGCGCUUACAGCAACACGGUUCACUUCUCCACCGGGGACGAGUACUCAGGCAUGGCGGCUGACCAGGGGCAGGUGCUCGUGGUUGUCACGGCAGCCGUGGGUGGGUUCUCCCUGCUCAUCAUCCUCACCCUCUUCUUCCUCAUCACCGGACGGUGUCAGGUGUUCAUCAAGGCUAAGAUGCAGUCAGACGAUAAGAGGAGGGCUCACUUUCAGAACGUGCUUCCUUUCCCUGGUAUCAAGACGUAUGUGGAUCCUGACACAUAUGAAGACCCAACGCAGGCUGUCCACGAGUUCACCAAGGAGAUAGAUCCUUCUAGAAUACGCAUCGAGAGGGUGAUAGGAGCAGGUGAGUUCGGGGAGGUGUGCAGCGGGUGUCUGCGUACCCCAGGUCAGAAGGAGAUCCCGGUGGCCAUUAAGACCCUGAAGGGAGGCUACGUGGAGCCCCAGAGAAGAGACUUCCUCAGAGAGGCCUCCAUCAUGGGACAGUUUGACAACCCCAACAUCAUACGGCUGGAAGGAGUGGUCACCAAGAGCAGACCUGUGAUGAUCGUGGUGGAAUACAUGGAGAACGGAUCCCUGGACUCUUUUCUGAGGCAGCAUGAUGGCCACUUCACAGUGGUCCAGCUGGUGGGGAUGCUGCAUGGCGUGGCGUCAGGGAUGACCUACCUGUCUGACUUGGGCUACGUGCACCGUGACCUGGCCGCUCGCAACAUCCUGGUAGAUGAGGGUCUGGUGUGUAAGGUGUCUGACUUCGGCCUGUCCAGAGUCCUAGAGGACCACCCUGAGCCUGCAUAUAACACCAUGGGGGAUAAGAUCCCGGUCCGUUGGACAGCUCCCGAGGCCAUCACCUACAGGAAGUUCUCUUCAGCCUCCGACGUCUGGAGCUUCGGCAUCGUCAUGUGGGAAGUGAUGUCGUACGGGGAGAGACCUUACUGGGAGAUGUCCAAUCAGGAUGUGAUCCUGUCUAUAGAGGAGGGUUACCGUCUCCCUGUCCCCAUGGACUGUCCCGGGGUUCUACACCAGUUGAUGCUCCACUGCUGGCAGAAGGAGAGAGGGCAGAGACCUCACUUCAACAGCCUGGUCUCCUUCCUGGAUAAACUCAUCAGGAACCCCACUAGUCUACUGACACUGGUUGACAACAGUUUUCCAGAAUCACUGGAGGACGUGCCGGACUACCCUCUGUUCAUCUCCAUCGGUGAUUGGCUGGACUCCAUCAAGAUGAGCCAAUACAAGAACCAGUUCCUGGCAGCAGGGUUCACCACCCUGGACUCUGUCUCCACCAUGAGUAUAGAGGACAUCAGGCGUAUCGGUGUGUCUCUGAUUGGCCACCAGAGGAGGAUAGUGAGCAGCAUUCAGAGUCUCCGUCUACAGUUCCUCACCGUCCAACACAACGGCUUCCACAUCUAAACCAACCCCCAGAACGCUAGGACCGCACAGACAGACAGACAGGCCUGGGUGUGUUCAUUCGGCACCGAACGGAAAAGAAAACGAACUGAAAACAGAGAGCGAUUAGCUGAACUCGUUCAAUAAGAAACGCUUGUUUCUAAAAUUCUAGAUGUUCUCUCGGUCGGACUGGUGAACUGUUACCCACGGACUACAGUGGUUUUUACCAAGGAGACUUCUGUCCCUGAUCCAGAAGACUUGAGAUGGAGGUAGUUUCAGCCCACGUCCUGAACAGCACCCUUUUCCCUUCAUGGUGCACCGUUUAGGACAGACACGCGCAGUACCAAGCACAUGGAGAGGCAAGUGCACUGAUGGGUCUUCCUCCAAUCAGGUGGACGGAGACGGACUGAAACAGGACUCUCCGUUUAGGACAGACACGCGCAGUACGAAACACAUGUAGAGACAAGUGCACUGAUGGGUCUUCCUCUAAUCAGGUGGACGGAGACAGACUGAAACAGGACUCUCCGUUUAGAGACUACUACUUUUGACAAAAAAAAUGGGAUGAUUAAAUGUGUCUUAUUUAUUUCAGAUGUUUUGUUUCCUUGUUCUUUUAUCAAGCAGCAGAUUCUGACCAAUAGGAAGAGAAAGGACAAUGUGGAGGAAAUUCUGACCAAUAGGAAAAUAAAGGACAAUGUGAAGGAGAUUCUGACCAACUGGAAGAGAAAGGACAAUGUGGAGGAAAUUCUGACCAAUAGGAAAAUAAAGGACAAUGUGGAGGAGAUUCUGACCAAUAGGAAGAGAAAGGACAAUGUGGAGGAGAUUCUGAACCAACUGGAAGAGAAAGGACAAUGUGGAGGAGAUUUUGGGGCAAAGAGAAGACAAGUGAAUGUCAUCUGAUUUUAUAAAUGUAUAAUCCAUCAUCAACCAGAAUAUGUGAAGUAUUUGUGGAAAAGUCAUGUUCUGUGAAAAAGCCUUGUUCAGUUUGAGUAGACAUCCUUGUUCAGUUUGAUUAGACAUCCUUGUUCAGUUUGAUUAGACAUCCUUGUUCAGUUUGAUUAGACAUCCUUGUCCAGUUUGAUUAGACAUCCUUGUUCAGUUUGAGUAGACAUCCUUGUUCAGUUUGAUUAGACAUCCUUGUCCAGUUUGAACAGACAUCCUUGUUCAGUUUGAUUAGACAUCCUUGUUCAGUUUGAUUAGACAUCCUUGUUCAGUUUGAGUAGACAUCCUUGUUCAGUUUGAUUAGACAUCCUUGUUCAGUUUGAACAGACAUCCUUGUUCAGUUUGAUUAGACAUCCUUGUUCAGUUUGAUUAGACAUCCUUGUUCAGUUUGGUUAGACAUCCUUGUUCAGUUUGAUUAGACAUCCUUGUUCAGUUUGAUUAGAUAUCCUUGUUCAGUUUGGUUAGACAUCCUUGUUCAGUUUGAACAGACAUCCUUGUUCAGUUUGAUUAGACAUCCUUGUUCAGUUUGAUUAGACAUCCUUGUUCAGUUUGAUUAGAUAUCCUUGUUCAGUUUGAUUAGACAUCCUUGUUCAGUUUGGUUAGACAUCCUUGUUCAGUUUGGUUAGACAUCCUUGUUCAGUUUGAUUAGACAUCCUUGCUCAGAUUGAUUAGACAUCCUUGUUCAGUUUGAACAGACAUCCUUGUUCAGUUUGAACAGACAUCUUUGUUUAGUUUUCAUCCACAAUCUUCGUCUUUACUCAGCAAUAUGCAGUGUCCUUAGCUGACUGACUGACAGUCUGUUUCUGCUAUGUCGUGCUUCGUCACUCAUUGCCUUGUUUGGCUUGACAAGGACAGAGUAGUCAAGGGCAUCAACAGAUCUGGGACCAGGCUACAGUUUCCUCACUUAUAGAACAAGGAGAAGAGUGCAACUCCACUCCACAACAAAUCACGAACCGAAAACAACCUCAGACAUGUACCAUAAGAAAAACUUUACUUUGACGGCAGUACAAUCCAUAGUGCUUGAGCAUCUAGAGCAUCUCCAGCCCUGUUCCUGGAGGUUUAAACUCCAGCCCUGU